AACAUCAUGCCGUCUUUGGGCAGGCAGACUUCCCUGACGACGUUGGUGACCCCCAAAGCUGAGCACAGCGUGGCUUACAAAGACUUUAUUUAUUUCACUGUCUUUGAAGGGAAUGUCCGCAAUGUUUCUGAAGUCUCGGUUGAGUAUUUAUGCUCUCAGCCUUGUGUUGUCAAUCUGGAAGCCAUUGUUUCAUCUGAGUUCAGAAGUAGCAUCCCUGUGUACAAAAAGAGGUGGAAGAACGAGAAGCAUCUUCACACCAGCAGGACACAAAUAGUACAUGUGAAAUUUCCAAGCAUCAUGGUUUAUAGAGAUGAUUAUUUCAUCAGACACUCCAUUGCAGUAUCCGCGGUGAUACUACGCGCCUGGAUUACUCACAAAUACAGUGGUGGAGACUUGAAUGUUAAAUGGGAGGAAAAUUUGCUACAUGCUGUAGCGAAGAAUUAUACUCUGCUGAAGGCGGUCCCACCUUUCGAACGCCCUUUCAAAGAUCAUCAAGUGUGCCUUGAGUGGAACAUGGAUUAUAUUUGGAACCUUCGAGCAAACAAGAUUCCCCAGUGUCCUCUUGAAAGUGGUAGGUCAUUUAGCCUCUUUUUUAAAGAUCUGGUUCAGACCAAGAGCUCUCUUAACUCUUUAUUCUUCUGUAGCUUCAGAGAGGAUUUCUAUUAUAAUGACACUGCUGGAUACUUCCUUAUUGGAGGGAGCAGGUAUGUGGCCGGCAUUGAAGGGUUUUUCGGACCCCUGAAGUACCAUCGUCUCCACGCUCUGCGUCCUGCACAGAUUGGUAAUCCCCUCCUUGAGAAGCAACUUGCUGAACAGCUCAAAUUAUAUUAUGAAAGGUGUGCUGAGGUCCAAGAAAUAGUGUUUGUGUACAUAUCCACGGUACAGCAAGGGGGCGGGCAACAGGAAGCAUGUGACCUCCAGAACUCCUACCUGGACCUGAAGCUCAGGUACGGGAGACCCUCCACGUGCAGGGCCUUCCCCUGGGAGAAGGAGCUGAGAGACCGGCACCCCAGCUUGUUCCAGACCUUGCUGGAGAUGGGCUUGUGGGCAGUGCCAAGGAACCAAAAUGAAUCUGUAUUAGAAAUCGGCAGGAGGAUAUUUGAGAAGGCUGUAAAGAGACUCUCCAGUGUUGAUGGUCUUCACCAAAUUAGCUCUGUUGUCCCCUUUCUGAUGGAUUCUAGCUGCUGUGGAUACCAUAAAGCAUCCUACUACCUCGCAGUCUUUUAUGAAACUGGAUUAAAUGUGCCUCGGGAUCAGCUGCAGGGCAUGUUGUAUAGUUUGGUAGGAGGCCAGGGCAGUGAGAGGCUGUCUUCCAUGAAUCUUGGAUACAAACACUACCAGGGUAUUGACAACUACCCCCUGGACUGGGAGCUGUCCUAUGCCUACUACAGCAAUAUUGCCACGAAGACACCCCUUGACCAGCACACGCUACAGGGAGAUCAGGUAAGAGAAAGAAGUGGGUGGAGAUGGUCAUGGCCCUGUUUACUGGGGCUUCCUGAACAAUUUUAUACAGUGUCUGCACCUGUGGCUGGUUCAUUUUCAGGUCUUCAGAGGAUGAGCAUAAUUGAAUGGAGAGAAGAGCUAUCUUGCACUCUCCAAUUCGUAUUUCCUGGCUGUGUUCUCAGGCUGAAUGCAGGAACAAUCCUACACCCAUGCAUGAAAAGCUUUGUUUCAUUAAAAAGAAAAAGUAAUUUUUUUUUUCAUUGUUCUAAAAUCCAGGGAUUGCAUCAGGCAGUCAAUGGCUUGGGAUGGUAUUACCACAAAUUCAAGAAAAAUUAUGCCAAAGCAGCAAAGUACUGGUUAAAAGCGGAAGAAAUGGGGAAUCCGGAUGCAUCGUACAAUCUUGGAGUCCUGUAUUUGGAUGGCAUUUUCCCCGGAAUUCCUGAAAGGAAUCAAACUUUAGCCGGUGAAUAUUUCCAUAAGGCUGCACAGGGCGGACACAUUGAAGGAACCUUGUGGUGUUCUCUCUAUUAUAUCACAGGAAACCUGGAGACAUUCCCUAGAGAUCCCGAGAAGGCUGUUGUAUGGGCAAAGCACGUAGCUGAGAAAAAUGGCUACUUGGGCCAUGUCAUUCGCAAAGGCCUCAAUGCCUACCUGGAGGGCUCAUGGCACGAAGCUUUGCUGUAUUAUGUUUUAGCAGCAGAAACUGGAAUCGAAGUGUCACAGACAAAUUUAGCACACAUCUGUGAGGAGAGGCCAGACCUGGCCAAGAGAUACUUGGGUGUUAAUUGUGUUUGGAGAUACUAUAAUUUCUCUGUUUUUCAAAUCGGUGCUCCUUCAUUUGCGUAUUUGAAAAUGGGAGACCUUUAUUACUAUGACCACCAAAACCAGUCCCAAGACCUUGAGCUGUCCGUGCAGAUGUACGCCCAAGCAGCGCUGGAUGGAGACUCGCAGGGAUUUUUUAACCUGGCUCUGCUCAUUGAGGAAGGUGCUAUAAUCCCACGUCAUAUUUUAGAUUUCUUGGAAAUUGACCCAACUAUCCAUUCUAAUAACAUCUCCA